AUGGUGAUGGGGCCGGAGGAAGCGGAGAUCGACACCGUUAGGGAUGAAGAGGAAGGGGAAGAAGAAGAGGUCGCUUCCCAAAGGCGGAGGCUGUACUUUCUCGGCGGGAGAAGGGUCAGAGAAACACCGACCACAGGAGAAGCGGAACAAUCCGAGACAGACUGUUCCGUGGACUCGGAGAGCUGCGAGACGUGCGCCAACACUGGCGCAAAGCCAAAGAUGAACCUGGCUAAACCCCCCUAUUCCUACAUUGCGCUCAUCACCAUGGCCAUCCUGCAAAGCCCCCAGAAGAAACUGACCCUCAGCGGCAUCUGCGAGUUCAUCAGCAGCCGUUUCCCUUACUACAGGGAGAAAUUCCCCGCCUGGCAGAACUCCAUCAGGCACAACCUAUCGCUCAAUGACUGUUUCAUCAAAGUUCCCCGGGAACCGGGUAACCCGGGGAAGGGCAACUACUGGACUUUGGAUCCGGCAUCCGAGGACAUGUUCGACAACGGCAGCUUCCUCCGGAGGAGAAAGCGCUUCAAGAGACACCAGCACCGAGAACUUGAGUUGGCAAAGGAGCGUGGCGCCUUGCUUCUCUACCACAAUUUCACUUGUUACGGCCGCCCCUACCUUCUGCAGCCGCAGGCAGUCAUUCACAACUCGCCCUUCGGCUUCAUGCCCGACCCUGCCUCCCUCUCCAGCCCUGCCCAGAACCUACCCGACCCUCGCCUCAGCAGGAAGCUGCAGCACACUCAGCAGGUGCAGCUUCAAGCCGUGGGUUCGAAGCCCACCUCCGCAAGCUCCAGCCGGGCGUCCUUCAACAUCGAAGACAUCAUUGGAAGUUCAAAUGUUCAACCGUGUGCACAGUCUCCUUGCUCAAACUCUCAGACUCAGUCUGACUAUUGCAGCCUUCUUCAGUCCGUCCCUUGUCUGCUGUCUGCGGUUUUGAACAUGCCCACAAGAUUUCCCUGCAGCCGGGUGAACAGACCUCUGGUCGCGACUCUCUCUACCAGGCAACAGCUUCCGCUCUGA